AUGGGUAGUAAUCUCAAUCUUUAUACUUUGCCUACAGAGCUCCAGCACCACAUCGUGCUCAACCUACAUCCGUCAGCCGCUAUUGCCUUGAAGCAAACCAAUCGAUAUUUCCAUACGCAUAUCUCUCUCUACAGACUCGACCCUCUCAAAGUCAAGCAAUACCUCCAUCAGGUCGAACUCCGCCCGCGGCAUCGCGAAAACUAUGCCUGCUUCUCAUGCCUUCGCGUGAAACCGAAAAUUGCUUUCACCGUUUCUCAGCUUGGCGCGAAGAAGAGCAGAAACGGCGCGUACUCUAGUGGACGUUUCUGCAUUGACUGCGGUGUCAGAGAUAAAAGAUUCAAGCCUGGCACCGUUUUAGAUAUUGCCGGAGAUGAAUCGCAUCCGAAAGCCUUCUGCCGCUCGUGCUCGACUAUUCAGUCAUACUUCUGUGGCAAAUGUCAGAGAUUGAUUAAAACCUAUAUCUACAUACGAGGUCACGACUUUUUGAUCGAUGGCCAUUUCAAGGUACCGGAAAAUACUAUCAUGCAGGGAAGCAAUUUAGAAGAUUCAUGCGGCCGAUGGACCAAAUUGACAGAAAUCGAUGCUGUUGAUCUUAGCACUGUGCAUGGACAUAUUCUCGUCAUCACCAGUGCUGGAUUCAUCGCCUACGAGUACAAGGACGGACCAAUGCCUGACCUAUCAAGCAUUAGCAAGGAGUUCUUUAUUGACUUCGCCGAAUAUUUUGUCACAAACCGCCCUGCGAAUCUUCUCGGUCUCCAGGGUCUCAUCGAAAACAUGGACCAAACCAAGGCACUGCCAUGCUGGAUGCCGCAGCCGUGCGCCGCUGCUCACCAACCCGGAGUACCGGGUGAAGAUUCGAAGCUAGGGAUGGGCAGCCGCACGAAAAGGGGUUCUCUGCUAUCGUCUCCCAACUGCCCACGAAAUGAGACGUUCGGGGCCAGGAAGCCGUAUACUUCCCGCGCCAAAGCAGGAAUCUGCGGUCUAAGCAUCAAAGACUCAAGUCGAAACUGGAUGACGAAAUCAAGUUCGGUUCAGCAGAAACGGCUCACGAUUGUAGAACGACCUGACUCUACACACUCGGUUGCCAUCUAA